CGCUCUUAAAGUUAUUACCGUCUUAUUAUGCUAAACUCCCGUCUUGUGUAAGUGACGUAAUUAUGUGCGCUACGUUGGAGGUGGCGCCUAAACAGAUGAAGCGGCUGCUUUGAAUCAGUAUGAUUGGAUAGAAAUGGCUGGAAUAACAUAGUGUUGUUUGUACGAAUCAUUCGGAGUUUGUAUUGUUUCAGGUGUUUAAUCAUUUUAAGUAAUCUUUGAGACUGGAUUUUGAAAACGACAUGCAUCGUUUUUGGAGAGGUUUAGAUCUUUUAUGUAGCAUAUAGUGUUACGCAGUGAUGUCAGAGUUUGGAUAGCCUGCAGUGGUCUAACCAAGUUAAGAGAACAUGGCUCUGGUUGCACAGCUGUUGGGUCACUGCAGCAGUAGUGAUGGGUGUGUUGGCGGUGCUGUUGCUCUGGAAUCUCCAUCUGUACUUGCAGACAGCUUGUCUGUGCCAGAAACACCCGAAGCUAAAAUUUGCCAUAUUAGUAUGAAGGAGAAAAUUCCUGAAACUGCUAUAACCCUCACCCCAGUAUCACAGAAGUGUAGUGGUGGUAGGCUGAACAAACUAAAGAAGAAGACUUCAAUAGCGUCCUAUUUUGCUGCCGCUGGGAGUUCAAACAAUCUGAAAACAAGCUCAACUGAAAAAAAUGUAAACAAAACCAUUCUUGAGUUUCCACUGAGUCCAUUGUUAAGCCAGCAAAAACAAUCUGUUAAAAGAAAUGUCACCAGUCCAGAAGGAGGGCCUGCAAAUAAAAAGAUAAAAAGAGAGCUUGAGAAGCAAUCAGUAAUUAGAAAAGGGAAUGAUAUUACUAAAUAUCUACAAAGUGCAACUGACUCUUCUCAGCGUCUCCAAAAGAAUGCGUGUGAAAUGAGUCAAAAGCUUAAAGAAAAUACUCUUGAGAGGAACAUCUCACUUUAUUUCCAAGCCUUCAGGAACUCACCUGCAAAAGUUAGAAAUGAACCAGAUCCAUUUCCUUUGAAACAGAUUCCUAUAAACUUGCUGAACACAGACACCCUGAAGAAUAGUAAUUCUUCUAAAACUGCCAACAUAUGUAAUAUAUUUAGUGAUGAGGACGUAACCACAUUUACCAAAAUUACAAAAAAGAAUUCAGAGUCUGGUGUUGACAACAAAUUUGUGGAUUGUUCCUCCAAACUACAACUAAAAGGCCACGUGGAACAGAGUGGGCACCUGCCCAAUGACAAAACAUGCAAGAAAGAUCUUUCUAGCACUAAAGGUAGUGUUAAUGGAAGUGUGGAUGCUCAGGAAAGCAUUUCUGCAGAGCCUAGUGUGGAUAAAUUUGUAGGUGAAACCAACAUUUCAGAAUCGGGUAGCCCAAGUAGCGAUGAGGUAAUAGAGGACCACAACCAAAAAAAUGUUGCAGAACCUUGUACUUCAAAGCCUAAAUCCUCUGAGUCUUUUGACACUGAAUUGGAAGAAGGCUGGUUGGAGGAAGCUCUGAGUGAAAGCUUUGUGGACGAAACACUAGUAAAGAGUUCUGAAAAGAAGAAACCUGUUUUUCCAGCUGAUGCCAGACUCUGUAAGGGUCUGUUCAACAGAUAUGUUGUCUUGGCAGUAAAAGAGGCAGUGAAUGCAAAGGGGUGUUCUGAGAAGCACCUUACCAUAACUGCCUCCAGGUCAUCUUGUGAUGAAGAGUUGUGCAUCCUCAAGGAUGAUUGGGAUUCUAUUCCAGUUAAAGUGGGAGACAUUAUUCACUUGGAAGGGGACGGUAGCUCGGGACAGUGGGUAAUAAAACAAGAUUCGGGAUUCCUUGUUUUGUAUCCAGAUUAUUUGCUUUCUGGAACAAGUGUAGCUAAUGGAAUUCGGUGCAUGAGGCGAGCUGUACUAAGUGAAAAAUUUAAGGCUUGUGAAAAAGGUUCCAGGCAAAUGCUGGUUGGCUCAGCCAUGCAUGACAUCUUUCAAAAAGCUGGAACUACGUCUGGAUUUGAAGAGGCAAACCUUCAGAAACUUGCCAGAAAGACUGUGCAGGACCCCAAGUACUUAAAAGAGAUUUACAGCCUGAAACUGAAUCCAGCAGAAGUUAUGCAGGAAGUAGAUGACUAUUUGCCAUCACUUCUGAACUGGGCAAGAAAUUUUCUAGCAAGUUCUCCACAGGCAACCAGUCCUCAGCUGAAUCUGACACUGCCUAGUGAUGGAAAUUUGAAUAAAACCGAGAAGGCAUGUAGUGUCACAGUGACAGAUUUUGUGGAUAUUGAAGAAAACAUCUGGUCCCCAAGAUUUGGCUUAAAAGGAAAGAUUGAUGUCACAGCCAGUGUAAAAAUUCAUCGUAGGCCAAAGCCUCAGACAAUUGUUAUGCCUCUUGAGCUAAAAACAGGCAGAGAGACAAACUCAAUUGAACAUCGGAGUCAGCUUAUUUUGUAUGUUCUACUGAGCAUGGAGCGCAGAGCAGAUCCGGAAGCAGGAUUUUUGAUCUACCUCAAAACUGGGAACAUGUAUCCUGUACCAGGCAACCAUAUGGACAGGAGAGAACUACUUAAAUUGAGAAACGAAUUAGCUUUCUAUUUGGUGAACAGCUUAAAAAAUGGUACGUUGGAAGGGACAAAAUCCCAACCUGUCUUGUUACCUCCCAUGAUCGAUGAUCGUCAGGCUUGCAGAUUUUGCUCACAGAUGUGGAACUGCACACUGUACAGUAGAGCUAUUGAACACGAAAUUGAGGAAAAUGUUGUUCCCAAAGGUAUGAGAGACGUUGUGGAGCAAGAGACAAAACACCUGACCACUACCCACCUGCAGUAUUUCAGCCUUUGGUACUUAAUGUGCACACUUGAAGCUCAGACCAUGUUAAGCAAAGGGGGCCGCAAGCGAAUAUGGCUACUGUCAGCAGAUGAAUGUGAAAAAGAUGGAGGCUGCAUGGCUAAUCUUGUGAGAACCAGCAAUGUGCUUCCGGUUACAGGGGGCCAGUAUCUACAUCAUUUCCAGCGCAGCCAUGGGACAGUCACAGAAGCAACACUUAUGGCUGGUGACAGAGUAGUUGCAAGUGGUCAAGACUGCCGUUUGAUUGCUCUUUCUUCUGGUUUUGUGACAGAAGUAAACUCUGCACACGUUGCCUGCAUACUUGACAGAAACCUUUCAAAACUUCCUGAGAGCACUCUUUUUAGGCUAGACGUUGAUGAUGGAAUUGGGGGUGUGAACAUCCACUUGUGGAACCUUUCCAAGCUCAUGGAGAAUUCAGUUAUUAGUGAAAAGCUGCGUGACUUGAUAAUUGACUUCCGAGUACCCCAGUUUGUUCAACACCUGAGUAGCGUUCUUCCUCGAGAUGCAAAAGAUGAAGUUGCUAAAAUCUUAAAAGGUUUAAAUAAACCACAGAAGCAAGCAAUGAAACGAGUACUGCUUUCCAAAGAUUAUACUCUGAUAGUUGGUAUGCCUGGAACAGGAAAAACAACCACAAUCUGUACUUUGGUGAGGAUUCUUUAUGCCUGUGGUUUCAGUGUUCUGUUGGCCAGCUAUACGCACUCAGCUGUAGACAACAUCUUGCUUAAACUGGCAAAACAUAAAGUUGGCUUCCUACGUUUGGGGCGAUUGCAAAAGGUCCAUCCUGAUAUCCGCCGCUACACAGAAGAUGAGAUAUGCAGAAAUAAAGCAAUAAAAUCUCUUGCUGAACUAGAAGAACUGUACAAUAGCCAGCCAGUUGUAGCAACAACUUGUAUGGGAACAAGACAUCCUAUAUUUUUUCGACGACGUUUUGACUUUUGCAUUGUGGAUGAGGCAUCCCAGAUCAGCCAGCCUGUCUGCAUCAGUCCUUUGUUUUAUGCCAGUCGAUUUGUGUUAGUGGGUGAUCACCUACAGCUGCCACCUAUUGUACAAAACUCAGAAGCCAGAGCUCUUGGCAUGGAUGAAAGUUUGUUUAAACGUCUUGAGCGGAACAGUGAUGCUGUUGUUCAGCUGAAUGUGCAGUAUAGAAUGAACAGAAAAAUCAUGUCCCUGAGUAACAGCCUAAUUUAUGAAGGCAAGUUGGAAUGUGGCUCCGAGCGGGUAGCAACUGCUGUUGUGCAGCUGCCAAACCUGAAGGAUGUGGAGAUGGAUGUGAAACUUGCCUCUAACUCCUCCGAUGUCCUUUGGCUGAAAAAAGCCCUGGAACCAAAUGAUCCCGUUUGUUUUCUGAAUACUGAAAAGGUUCCUGCACCAGAAACUUCUGAGAAGGGUGGUUUAAGCAAUGUUGCUGAGGCUGAGUUGGUACAUUGUGUAACAUCAGCACUUGUAAAGGCUGGCUGUAAGCCAUGUGAUAUUGGCAUUAUUGCUCCUUAUAGACAGCAGCUGAGGACCAUUUCUGCCCUGCUGACCACUUCAUCUUUCUUCCAUGCAGUGGAAGUGAACACAGUUGAUAAAUAUCAAGGAAGAGACAAAAGUGUGAUCAUUGUAUCUUUCGUCAGAAGUAACGACGACGGUAAUCUUGGAGAACUACUAAAAGACUGGCGUCGUCUCAAUGUAGCCAUCACCAGAGCCAAAAAUAAGCUAAUCAUGUUGGGUAGUAUGUCCACGUUAUACCGCUACUCUCCUCUGGAGAAAUUACUGAAUUACUUGAAAAGUGAAAACAUGAUCAUUGAGCUUCCACCUGGAGCACAUAACACGUUCAAGAAGAUUCUAACAUGAAACAUUGGCCACUUGGUACUGCUGUGAAAUGUGCUUUGAAAUAAUUGCAUUGAGUUUUGUAUUCUGUUUUUUUUUUUUUUCCCCUUAUUUGUUUGACAUCAUUAGGUUUCACAAGGCGAUAGGAUAACAGCAAAGACCUGCCUGUUCUACCCCCUUAUUACUAACUGAAAUGGAAACAAUUUCCAUAUUGUUUGAAAUUUAAAAAAAACUUGAAUCUUUUUAAGAAUUUUCAUUGCUGCUUGCUAAAGACUUUCUACCUCCUUGGACUGUAACAUUGGUCAGUAUUUAUCUCUUCUCAGCCCCGUUUAUUUAAGGAUGCAGAUAUUUUAAUGUCGUAAGACAGCUGUAGAGUCAUUACCCAGCUGAAUUUAUAAGGUGCAUUGAAAAUACCCCCCUGAGCAUAAUUCCUAUAUAGUCAAAAUUGCUAUGGAUCAUUUCCAGCAAAAUUGUUUACCUUGUGCAGUAUUCAGUGUAAUUCAUUGUGUAUAUUUACUGUUGCUUCCAUGUAUUAUGUAUGUGAUCUAAUGUGAAAGACCCUUUAAGGAUCCUAGGUUAAUUUUUCAUAAAUGUACCAUUUCUUUUCCAUAAAGUCCCAUGCAUUUUGAGAAAUCUAUGAGCCUUAGACAUCAGACACCCUCAUUAUAAUGUACUACCUGCAUAAGCAUUCCCACCCCCAGAUCCUACCAGUUAUUUUUUCUCUUGCCCACAGCUAAUAUCUUUGACCUUGCUGUCCUCUUAAGUCCUGUGUCUGCUUACCUUAGCAUCGAAAUCAGUAUCCUUUUGGCCAUCAAAUUACCAGUCAAGGCCCUUACUUGCACUCCUGUACUACAACAGGGAAGCAUAUGCAUUUGAAAACUGCCACAUUUCCCAAAAAUUCAACUUUGGAAGUCGACAUUAAGUGAAGGAAAUGUUGGCCCACUCCACAAAGAUGGCAGCAGUCAAUUGCUGUUAACAUGAAGAUUAGUAAGAGGAUUCUACCAGCCUUGCCCAUGUAUAUGCUGUAGCUUUGCUGCAGAAACAAGCACUCAAAAGGUAGGUCCAGACCUGAACCCCCUUGAAGCAAUUUUGAUGUUCUUCUAGACUCUUCAGGUGAUGAGAUUUCCAUCAGCUAAUGAAAGUGUGAGCCUAAACAAGUCCACUACUUUGGUUGCAGGACUUGGAGAUUUGUGGACAAGUGCUCUUGGCCUCCACCUUAGGGUGGUGGCUCCUAAGGAUCUUGUGUCAACCUGUUGCCUUCUUAUAAACUGGAACCCAUUUGUGACCAUCCUGAUCUCAAAGGUCCACCUCUUGAGCCAUCUGGUUAUCUAAUGUAUACUGAGGACCAGGAACUCUGCUCCUUGGUUCAUUCCCAAGGCCAACACUUGCCUGCAGGUUCCACUCAGAGAGUCCAUCUGAUCUUCCCACACAUGGGGCUUUGUCUCAGAGCAUGAUCGAACAGUUGUCUGGUGUUUGGCCAGAACCUGAGUCAUGGUUGCAAGGGUAAACUUUUGGAGAAAUUGGCCUAAAACCCGUGUCAGACCUGUCUUAAUCCUUCAGCAAUCAGUAAUGACUCUGGUGCACACAUGGUCGAGCAAUGGUUGACACAGGUCUGUCACACUUAUAUCUCCUCAUAAGUGUAUGCCUACAAGUAUCAGGUUGUUAUGCUACUCUGUGGCCUCAAGUCCUUUGAAGAUUUGGAGCCGGACAGAGAUAAUAAGCCCACUAAAUAUCUACAUUUCCAGAUGAUGCUUUCUUUGGAGAGAUCAUCUAGGUUAUAAUAGUUUAGACUGGCCUUGGGCCUCUGUUCCAUAAUUCCAGAAAUGCAUUAUUUGGCUUUCUAAGGAAGACGCUUGCAGGAAACUUUGGUUACCCGCUUGGAACAAGUCAUUUGAUAUGCUCUCUGAGCAUUGUGGAGGCAUCCUGAGUUCUACCCUAUUAGCUCCAGUAAAGGGCUAAUGCCCUUUACAAGCAGCUGCCUGAAUUAGCAGGAGAGUUUGCAAAUAAUCUUGGUUCAUUAUUCUCUGAGAUCUUUUUGGCCCUGUGUAGUUUUAAGAGACUGCAGCAGAUCGCCACCUUACUGCCAGAGGAGGUUUGUGCUUUGGAUGAGUGUAACAAGAGAGUUUACUCCUUUGCUAUGCUGGGGUCUAGGGUCUUCAAGCAUUUGUUCCACCUCUGUCCAUCCCAUGCCCACCUUGUAAAGAGGGUAGAUCAGUUCUACAAAUUCCCUGAAACUGGGCUGAGGGAGAACCUUUGUGAUGCACUUUCUCUAGAGUUCACAAUGCAUUGCCACUUAGUCUAAGAAUGGAGGACCAUUUACUCUAACCAUUGUGCAGUCCAGCAGCAGGGUGCCUGGCUGGGAGUGUCUGACAUGAUGGAUUCUUUUUUGGCAUAUCAGUAUUUGGGGUCCACACAGGAAGACUGUUAGUUUAUGCUGGGUGGGUAUUGCUUUCCAUAUACAGUGUUGCCAAUUAAGCUUUCCUUGGCACCCAGAAGUGAUGUGAUGGUCAUUGUGGUAAAAGCCAUCCAGAAGUUGUCUCCUAGGGUUCUAUUACCUGAAUGACUGGCUCCUGCUUGCCUUAUUUUGGCAGUCUGUGGAGAUGGCCAUACCUGGAGCUUCCUUAGAUGCAUUCCUUAAGGGAAACUGAAGAGGGUCUUCAUUGGGGCAGAGUUGAACAUGUUGCAUUGUCUGUCAUUUCUGCCUUUGGAGAAUGGCUGGGUGAGGCCACUGAAUAGGGUCCUGUUUUGGGCUAUUUUGUACCUCCUGGCCUUUGUGGCAGCCAUGAUUUUUUAUGGUGCACUUCUGAAAGCCUGAGUGUUGCAUUGAGAGGUCAGGGGUUACAGACACACACGCACACACACGGCUGUCACUGUUGCUUUUGGUCUUUGUUGCCAAACACUGGAAUGAUGGAUAGUCUCCAUUAGUCUGUAGUUGGGUGUUCUUUUUGCAGCCAGAGCUUGAUGAAUGAUAUUUGGAUGGUGGGAUUCAAAAGAUCACUGGCUGUCAUGUGUGCCUCCUCUUGUAGAGACAAGACUCCACAUCCUCCUUUUGGAAAUUAGAGGGGGUGAUUCUAGCUGUGAAGACUUAGAGAAACAAUUAUUUCUGGGGACUGUCUUCAUACAGUCAGAAAAAAAAACAGUUUGUCAUGUUGUGUGCAUACAAGAGCAAUGGGGGUCACUAGAUUAUAUCCCCUGUAGAGGGAAGAGAGUCUUUAUUCAUAUCCCUUCUUGCAAAACAAGAAAGUGCAUCUGCUUUAAUGUGAUUCACCAGCGUCCUUAAAGCCUUGGCAAACAACCAAACCUUUCAGUGAAUAACAUCUAUAUCUGGACCUGCUGAAGCUAUUAAAACCACCAGACAUUACCUUUGGGAGCCGCCACCUUCUAACUAACUCUGGUCAUCAAACUCUUUCUAAUGAAUCCUACCUGCUGUAUUACUCUCUGUUCUAGACCAGCAUAGUCUGCCCAGCUAUUCUUCUCUUACUUAACAAAGGAAAUUGUAUGUAAAUCCUUUUAAUCAAAAGAAUGUUUGUAUUUUCAGACUGUAAGUUAUCUAAACUGCAUCUGAUCAUGUAAUUUAAUGUUUAAUCUGUAUGUGUACGUGUCACAGUAUGGCCUGUUUAUUUUGUUGUACACUGUGGUACUGUGCAAUUGCUAAGUUCGUCUCCUACAAAUGUGACUCGUGUUGUGCCUGAAAAGUGUCCUUGAACCAGUGCACAUACCCAGUUAAUGAAUGUAAAAUGAUUACGUUAAUUAAUUAUUUUAUUGAUCUUUCCUUCCUUCCUUCUGCACUUUACAUCCUUGAGGAGGUGAAUGAGCUUCCACAAUGCUUUUUCAAUCUUUUUCUCUUCUGAAGAUCUAGAUAUUGAAGCCGUGCAUAGUCAGGGUCUUCUGGAAGUGAGACACUCUGCAGAUGAACUUUUGUUGUCAGUUGUGAGACCAGAGUCCACUCCUUGUUCUGCUCAGUGCAGCAGGAUAAGGGGAAAAUAACUGUGGAUGCAUUCUCCAUCUCUUGGUGUGAGAGAUUCUUGUACAAAUACCCAUGGUUUCACACGUCAUCACAGAGCUCAGAGAAGAAAGAACAGAACUCAGUCUUGCUGCUCCUUGGUGACCAGGGGUGAAUAAAUUUCAGCAUGUAAAGUGUCUUGCAGUUCAGGAAACUUUUCCAGUGAUGGACGGCUAAUGUAUAUGCCACUGUUUCAAGGACAAAUAUCCCUACCGCUGGCUUUGGCUUCUGCUGUGUACCUUUUGAUUCCACCAGUUGCUGAUGGGGUGUGAGAAGUGAUUUAAGCUGCAAAGAUGCCAUCUAGUUCAGGUUUGUGCGUCCAAGUGGAAAUAAUUCUUGUUUUGGGUUAAUGGCAUCAUGUAUUGCUCCUGAUGGAGAGCUUGCAGCUUGCAGGUGAUCUUGAUGAAUGUUUGACACAUCUAUGAUUUUGUUCUCUGUACUUUCUUGUUCAUGGAGCACUUGUCAGCGGUUUCUGUGUAUAGUGACUUUUUGGAGUUCAGAACUGUGGCCAGCAUCAACUGGCCAAGCAGUUCCUUAAGAGUGCUGCAUAUCCUUCCUUCACUGAGGAAUCCUUUCUUGUCAUAGACGUGAACUUUAUGGUGGACAAGCUUACUCAUCCACCUUUUGAGCCUGCUAGCUUAGCUCAGUGACAUUGCUGUUUGUUUCUUGAAAAAGGCUCUUCCUGUUGAAUUUCAGCCCUGGGUUUCAGGUCUUCAUGUGCCAGGAGCCAUAUGUGAUGCUUCACAAAGAUAGGAUGCCUCUCAGAAUGAAAUCUUGUUUUCUCCCAAAGUCAUUCCCCUGACUACCUAGUUUUCUAGGUGAUAAAAACUGGAGGAGAAAUGGGCAUUCACACCCUGGAUGCAUAAUGACUGCUCAGGUGUUACUUGAGGUAGGUGCUUGAUUUUAGAAAGAUAAACCAACUGAUCAUCUCCUUUGCCACAAAAAGAAAAGAAAGAGUUCUCACUUGUCCGACAAGUGGCAUGUCAGCUGCAUUAUGCUAUCAGUCAGCUAACAGCAUUUUGCAUAUAGCAUGAUCAAAGCUUACUGCACUAAAAUAUGAUCUCUACAGUACUUCAUGAUUGUAUCCAUUGUGGACAUUGUACAGUGACCACUUGGUCCCUUAGUGUGCACACUUUUGUCAUGCAUUGGUCUUGACCAUGACUCAGAGUUGGGCCACAGUUGAAAAGUUAACAGAGCAUUCCAACAUCCGUUUUUGAAUUUGGAUCCGUUUUUGAAUUUGGACAGUUGCCCUUAUCCUUCCCACUCUGGUACUGCCUGAGAUUUGCCCUAUCCUGAGACCUGUCAAAUGAAGGUCUUUGACAUUAGGCAUAAUAGUUCAGUGCUUACUGAAUCAUUUGAUCUACUGAAAGACUCUCCUUGAUUAGAACUUCCCUCUGUCUGUCAUCGUGUCAUUGGGUGACUUUCACAACAUGCUGCUGUUGGAGGUCCCUUUACAUUGAGCAAAUAUAGCUUCUUCUUUGCUUUAUUUGUUGACUUGCAGGAGGUGCUCUUUUGUGACAUGGGAGCCUGAUGGACUUUGGAGACAACUGUUUUCUACCUAGAAUAGCAUGCAGAUUGUCCUAAAUGUGGCAUUUUGCUGAAGAAAAAAAUAGGAGGAGGAGAAAUACCUAACCUAGGAUUGUCUUGUAGCAGAUUAAUAAGAUUGGGACAUAGCUGCUGUUUUUAUAUAUUGUUUUAUAAAAAUUUUGAUACAUAUAUUUUUUUUAAUCUUAAGUUUUGUACUAUUAAUUGAUAAUGUGUUUUCCUUUUACUAUUAAAAUGUUGAUAAAAAAUUGCAAAUAAAAUAUCUUUGGUGGUA